ACAGUUGCCAGCCUGUCAGCUUGCACAAUUGCCAUCUUCAGUUUCUCAAGUCAUGACGUCGCAUUCGGGGAGCCGCUGCUACAAUUCUCGUGGCCUAUAAGAACCCGCCGCUCGCUCAGGUACUAACUCACACGGAGCCCUACCAAAUAACUGCUAAUUAAAGCACGUGUGGGACUGAGAUUUAUGCAUUGCGGUAGUUCCUCAGACCAGCAUGGUCCUAUAUUGCCGAAGCUAGAUUGAAGUAGGGAUAUAUAUGAGAUCUAACACGCUACAAAUCCCCAAGAGAAACGGCAUGCUAUUAUCGUCAAUAUAUCUACAGAAUUCUAAUUUUAUAGUUUGUACUACCUUGCACUACAUUGUUUGUCUGCGAAAUCGCAGUCACGGGCCGAGCCAUGGCUUGUGACGUUGAGGCCAUGAACGGUGUGAGGGUCCACCCAAGCUUACCCCGCAGGACGUGUCAAAAGUCGACAACACAUCAGGCAAUGCUGCAUCCGUUCCCGACACCAUACUUUCUGUCCUCCCUAGAACCUCAAAGGGGAAAUAGUUCCCAGGAAUUUAGUUGACGAUUCCAGCCCGAGUUAGCUGCAAUAUCCCGUCUGGCCCCGAGCUGCGUCGUGCUGCAUGGUAUGGUCUCCUCGUAACCUCGCCCCCCUUCCGUAUAUCGGUUCUCGUCGCCACUACCGCAUAUAUAUGAUGCACGCGACGCCACCGUCUCCUCUCUACCAAAAUAUCCACCCAAGAACGCGUCGCACAGAGGCCGUAUAUCCACGAUGUGUAUACUCCUAAUGUCGACGGCGCACCCCGCGUACGCCCUCGUCAUCAUUGACAACCGGGACGAGUUCAUCCUACGCCCGACGUCGCGGCCACACUGGUGGCGCGCGAACAAGCAGGAGAUCCUCUCGGCGCGGGACCUGCAGCGCGAGGAGCAAGGGACCUGGCUCGGCAUUACGAAACACGGCAAUUUUGCUGCCCUGACGAAUUACCGCGAGACAGACGCGAAUGAUAUCGAGCACCCGGUGCAGGGGUCGCGGAGCAGAGGUGGGAUGGUGACAGCAUGGCUGACAAGUAAUGAGAACCAGGACGCGGGGGCGUUUGUUGAAAGGUUGCUCGAGGGCGAGGGCGUCAAGGAUGUUGGAGGCUUCUCGCUGCUAUGUGGGAAGCUGAGGAGGCGAAAGGAAGGCGGGAGGGAUGAGGUCACACCGUUGGCUAUUGUGAGCAAUCGCUGCGGAGCCGCUGAGGAGGUGCCAUGGAUUGCGGAAAGGAGAGGAGAGGUGUAUGGAUUGAGCAAUACAUCAUAUACGGAUCCAGUCGCUUGGCCCAAGGUUGAGCUUGGAAAAGAGAAGUUGUCGCAGACUAUUGAUGAGUGCGUCAAGGAAUCCCUAGGGGAAGACGACCUUGUGCGGAAACUAUUCGACCUCUUGGACACGGAUACUUUACCUCCAGCCAAUGGACAAUCUUUCGACAAGCUCAUAUUCCAACUGAGAAAGUCAAUAUUCAUCCCUUCAAUAGGAGAUGCGGUUCCUCCAGUUGGAAUACCAAAAACCGACACAAGAAACCAGGCAGACACUAAGUUGAGUGAUACAGUGGAGAAAUUGGAGGAAGCAGAGACACCGAAUAUGGCUACACCACCAAUAAUGAGUGGCAUCUAUGGUACGCAACGUCAGACCAUUAUGCUCGUAGAUUGGGAGGGGAAAGUAAGCUUUAUCGAGAGGUCUCUAUGGGAUGAGUAUGGUAAUCCUAUACCACGUGGCGAGGGAGACAUGAAGUUUGAGUUCCAGAUUGAGGGAUGGGAUGCAUUGAACAAUGAGUAAAACACCAUGUAACGCCAUGAGACGCAAUAUGGCCGCAACGAAAUGCCCCAAGUCCACGCUCUACAACGUCUGUAUAUUGGCUGGUUAUGAUUGUUUGCUGAUUUUGAAGGCGGCGUCCACGGCAUCUGCAAACAGAGGAGCAUCAUGCAGGUGAACAACACCUACACAGCAACUCUAGAAAUAUUCGUUUGGCCUGUAGGCGUCUAAUCUUGCACUGUAUAUUUGGCGAACGUUUUACAUGGAAGGCGAGAUUCUCUUGUGUCGUUUUGUGUUGUUGACUAUUCUCAAAUGUAUACCCAGCGCCGAGCAGUAGAACGCAUCCAAAGCUAUUAGUUCCGCUACCC